AAGGCUGUGUGUGACGCUGUCAGUGUGCGAAACUUCGCAAGUGUCGCUUGGUGAGACUGUCAGCUAGUGUGAUUGCGGGUGUCACUGUGCUGUGGCUGAGUCUGCAUGUGGCUGUGUGUGUGUGUCAGUGUGCAGUUUGGGGGCAGAGACCGGGUCGUGCGUUUGUGUGUGUGUGAGAGGGCCUGUGACCACAUCAGGGAAUGUGUUUUGGGAAGGUUUCUGCGGAGUUUGAGACUGUGUCUGCCAGUGUGAGAGUGGAUGGCUGGGUUUGUGUGUGCCAGUGUGUGACUUCAGCAUGGCAGAGGAAGAAUGAGACUUGCACUCGGCGUGUGUCCUGUGUCCUAACUGUUAGACUGUGGAGGAGUGGAGCUGGGUUUGCAUUUUGGGGACCCACUUCAGUAGCCAAUGGGACUGACCUCUCUACUUAGUGGCCAGGAUGAGCAGCAGCUGCUCAGGGCUGAGCAGGGUCCUGGUGGCCGUGGCUACAGCCCUGGUGUCUGCCUCCUGUCCCUGCCCCCAGGCCUGGGGCCCCCCAGGGGUCCAGUAUGGGCAGCCUGGCAGGGCCAUGACGCUGUGUUGCCCUGGAGUGACUGCUGGGGCCCCGGUGUCCUGGUUUCGGGACGGGGAGACAAGGCUGCUCCAGGGACCUGACUCUGGUCUAGGGCACGAACUGGUCCUGGCCCGGGCAGAAAGCACUGACGAGGGCACCUAUAUCUGCCGGACCCUGGAUGGUGCACUUGGGGGCAUGGUGACCCUGCAGCUGGGCUACCCCCCAGUCCGCCCUGUUGUCUCCUGCCGAGCAGCUGACUAUGAGAACUUCUCCUGCACUUGGAGUGCCAGCCAGGUUAGCGGUUUACCCACCCGCUACCUCACCUCCUACAGGAAGAAGACGGUACCAGGAGCUGAUGGCCAAAGGAUGAGUCCAUCCACAGGGCCCUGGCCAUGCCCACAGGACCCCCCAGGGGCUGCCCGCUGUGUAGUCCAUGGGGCAGAGUUCUGGAGCCAGUACCGGAUCAAUGUGACUGAAGUGAACCCCCUGGGGGCCAGCACACGCCUGCUGGAUGUGAGCUUGCAGAGCAUCUUGCGCCCUGACCCACCCCAGGGGCUGCGGGUAGAGUCGGUACCUGGCUAUCCUCGCCGCCUGCGUGCCAGCUGGACGUACCCUGCCUCCUGGCCCCGCCAGCCCCACUUCCUGCUCAAGUUCCGGCUGCAGUACCGUCCAGCACAGCAUCCAGCCUGGUCCACGGUGGAACCGGCUGGAUUGGAGGAGGUGAUCACGGACGCUGUGGCUGGGCUGCCCCAUGCCGUGCGGGUCAGUGCCCGGGACUUUCUGGACGCAGGCACCUGGAGCGCCUGGAGCCCCGAGGCCUGGGGUACUCCGAGCACCGGGCCCCUACCGAAGGAGAUACCAGCUGGGGGCCAGCAACACGCGCAGCCAGAGGAAGAACCUCAGGCGGAUAGCCCUGCUCCCCCAAGACCGUCCCUCCUACCAGACCCGCGGCCACUUGACCACAGAGACGCCCUGGAGCAGGUGGCUAUGCUGGCAUCUUUGGGAAUCUUCUCUUUCCUGGGACUGGUGGCUGGGGCCCUGGCACUGGGGCUCUGGCUGAGGUUGAGACCAGAUGAGAAGGAUGGACCCCAAAAGUCUGGGUUCUUGGCCCCGAUGAUUCCAGUGGACAAGCUUCCAGGAGUCCCAAACCUGUAGAAGAUCUUGGAAGGCUUCAGCUGAUUCCAUCUAUAACUCUGUCUUGCUGGUGUGGAUGGACGGACAGGUGGAACCCAGGCAGGACAGUAGAUCCCCAUGGAGGGGGGGUUCUCAGCUGGAAGUUCUGUUUGGAGCUCAUUUCUAUGAGACUCUGUGUUCCCAACUUGCCAGCUGAAAGGUGCCUGGACCUCUGACUUCAUCCCAGAGUUGGAAGUCCACCUGAGGAAUGUGUGUAGAUAUGUAUGUCUGUGUCCAUGUGUGUCCAAGUGUAUGUGAGGCAGGGAACAUGUGUUCUCUGCAUGUAUGUAUAUAGGUACCUGGGGAGUGUGUGUGGGUCCUUGGCUCUUGGCCUUGCCCCUAGCGGGGGUUGUGAAGGUGUGAAUAAAGAGAAUGAGGAGGUU